AUGAUCAUCUCUCAAUUUCGCACUUCCCCUUCUUCUUUCCCCCUCCACCCCUUUAGCUUCCUCUGGCAGGUCUCCAAAGUUCUUUGCUUAUCACUCUUCGAUCUGUUCAUCGCGACUAGUACUAUUGAUAUCCGCCUCAAAAUCCUCGAUUCAGUUUCAUCUGUACUUGAUUCUUGGCUGGUCCUGGUCUCGACAAUACCUAAACCGCCUAAUAUCUUAAUAUUUGCGACUUCUUCUUGCCCCGCCUAUCUCAAGGUCGCACACCCUGUCGCCAUUCAACUAUUGGGACCCGAUCCGUAA